AUGGUUGCGCUCUCACUUUUCUGGUCUGCUCUUGAAGUGCUAGGAGCGUCUAGUGCUCUGUACCAGCAAUUGGCAAAUUCCAUACAUUCGGAAGCGCAUAUCCAGCGGAUCCUGGCAGGAUUCUCAGUGAACACUGUGCUUCGCUAUUUGUCGGCAUGGUCUCAUUUCUUGGUGAAUCUUGAAGGGCUCGGGUAUACGCUUGAGCUUCUCGACGGGGUAGUCAUGGCUGAUAUUCUGGUUACAAUGACUCUUGAGAAGCACGGUGAUCCGACGCUGGGAGCGGGUACACAUAUGACUAUAAAAGCUCUGCGGUGGUUAUGCAGGAUUGGCCAAGCUGAGUUUCUUCGUUGCGCUUAUGACAAAGUCAUUGAUUCAUUUCUAAAGACAAAGAUUCCAUCGGAGCGUCGGGAGAGCUUCCCGCUACCGCUAUUCGUUAUCCAACUUUGGGAGAGACGGAUCCUUAUGCGGCAGUCCAGCAUUCAAGAAAUCAUAGUGCUAGGCAAUCUGUCGCGAGGCACGCACACCUGGAUGAGUAAAUAUUUGCACGCGCUUGACAAGCUGGCAUAUCGGCACCAGCAGGAGUUUCCCGAGGCAGACGCCCCAUCUUUUAUGUUACCAGCUCUGGACUCGGACGGUUUCGCCCUGCCUCUGGAGCCAAUGUGUUACGCUCAGGCUUUGAAGCUGCUUAGGCACUACAUUACAAUGCCAUGGUCGUCAUCACCCCCAGAGGUUCCUGAGUUGAAUUUCACGAUACACAGCUUGAAAGCCACUUUGCUCUCCAUGGGUCUUCAAAUCGAUGCCUACGAGUUCGAGCCCUUCUUGUGGUUCAAUUUCUUGCUUGAUGCAUCGGGCGGUUCCUUGCAGGGCAGUGAUCAGUCUUGGGAGUUUCCGGAGCUGCCUGCUUCUUCGGAUUCAGGGCCAGAGCCUGAUCAGACAACUGGGUAUCAAUCAGAUCCUGGUAGCUCGGAGGAUGAGGAUGAGGACCAGUGUGACGACACGGUUGAGUCGUUGGGCACUGCUGAAGAGUUUCUCCUCGGCUCCACAACCGGUAUUCUGCAUGUGCUAUCGCCAUGCUCUGAGGGUGACGGCAUCUUCGUUCAGGGACAGUAUGUUACGCAUUCACACAUUUGUCCCAUCCUCAAGCAGAUUGUGCCGUAG